AUGUCUGAAGUUCAAACAAGGCCUUCUGCCUCUCGUGGCAGGGUAUCUGCCCGUGGUGGCCGUGGCGGCUAUAGCUCCAGAGGUGGUCGAGGUGGUAGCAGAUCCACAAAGGCAGACAACUCAGACGGCGCACCCACCGCAUUUGAAGACGAGGGAGAACUUGGUCAGAUGAAGAAGAAAUACUCGGAUACUCUGCCCAUGCUGAAGGAGCUGUUCUCUGAUUGGACUGAUGAGGAUCUGGUCUUCGCUCUGGAGGAUGCAAAUGGUGACCUUGAGGAGGCAAUUGAUCGCAUUAGUGAAGGCAAUGUCGCUCAAUGGGGCGAGGUAAAGAAGAAGACUACGGACCGCAGCCGCCCUAAGACCAAGGAGGUACAGAGCACUCCUGUCGAGACAGUCGCCCCCUCGGUUCGAGGUCGUGGCCGUGGUGGCUUUGAAAGUCGUGGUCGCGCCCGUGGUGACCGUGGUCGUGGAGGUCGUGGUGGUCGGGCCGGUGCUCAUACCAAUGGAACUCGCACGGAGAAGCCAGCUGUCGCCACUUCUGUCGAGGAGACCACAGCUACGACUACGACUGCUCCUGAGCCUGCCGCGGCUAUCAAGUCCGAAAAGACCGUCGAUGCCGAGCCAGCUGCUGCAGAAACUGUUGACGACAGCGCUAAGGAGGCACCCAAGAGCAGUGUGAUCCCGGAGGGCACAAAGAAGGGUUGGGCUAGCUUGUUUGCCAAACCGGCGCCGCCGCCUCCUCAGAAGAAACCUGCCGCUCCUGCUCCUGCUCCUGCUCCUGCUGCCGCUGCCGCUCCUGCUACCACCGCUGCCCCUGCCCCUGCCCCCGAGAAGCCUGCUGCUGCGCCUGUAACGGAGCAGAAGCCAGCUGAACCCGCACCAGCUCCUGCCCCAGCCCCGGCUCCCGCCCAGGCUCCUGUUCCCGUCCCAAUUCCUAUCCC